GCCCGCACACGGGAGAUGCUCCGGGAGACGGGUGGAACCCAAACACCGCGACCUGCUGCGCGGGCCUCGGAGCUCGCCGCCCCUCCAAUACAGACCCUGAUCCUCGAGGUCAAUCUCGCAAAUCGGCCCAAGGGCCGGCCGGGAUUUGGCAAAGCCCCGGGCCCGCCUGGCCAGUCCCGUCCUACCGCGCUCCGCCCCGUCCGGUGGGCGCAGGAGCGGCUGCAGCGCGCUCCGCCCCGCCGCGCCCAUCGCGGGGGCCUCGGAGCGCCGGGGCCGGGCCGGCCGGUCCCAGCCAUGCUGUGCAGAUCCCGGGAGCCGGGCCGGGCCAUGCCGUGCCGAUCGCGGGGUCCGAGCCGUGCCGUGCCAUGCGGGGCUCUCCCGGCAGCGGCGCUGGGGCUGCGGGUCCUGGUGCUGAGCGCGGCGCUGGGCGCGGGGGCGAUCCGGGCUCAGCCGCCCCCCUUCCCUUUUUGGGACCCCUCGCUGCCCUGGCAGCGCCGCCUCGACGACCUGCUGGACCGGCUGAGCCCCGCCGAGCUGGUGCUGCAGGUGGCCAGGGGGGGAGCGAUGGGGAACGGCCCCGCGCCCCCCAUCCCGCGGUUGGGCAUCGCGCCCUACAACUGGAACACGGAGUGUCUGCGGGGCGACGGCGAGGCACCUGGAUGGGCCACGGCUUUCCCGCAGGCGCUGGGGCUUGCCGCCGCCUUCAGCCCCGAGCUCAUCUACCGUGUGGCCAACGCCACGGCCACCGAGGUGAGAGCCAAGCACAACAGCUUUGCUGCUGCUGGCCGCUACAGUGACCACACCGGGCUCAGCUGCUUCAGCCCUGUCCUGAACAUCAUGAGGCACCCACUGUGGGGGAGGAACCAGGAGACCUAUGGGGAGGACCCAUUCCUGAGCGGGGAGCUGGCCCGCAGCUUUGUGCAGGGGCUGCAGGGCCAGCACCCCCGUUAUGUCAAGGCCAGCGCUGGCUGCAAACACUUCAGUGUGCACGGGGGUCCUGAGAACAUCCCUGUCUCCAGGCUAAGCUUCGAUGCCAAGGUGCUGGAGCGGGACUGGCGCAUGACCUUCCUGCCCCAGUUCCAGGCAUGUGUGCAUGCUGGUUCCUACAGCUUCAUGUGCAGCUACAACAGGAUCAACGGCGUUCCUGCUUGUGCCAACAAGAAGCUGCUGAUGGACAUCCUGCGUGGCGAGUGGGGGUUUGAUGGGUACGUGGUGAGCGACGAGGGGGCUGUGGAGCUCAUCAUGCUGGGGCACCACUACACACACAACUUCCUGGAGACAGCAGUUGCCUCAGUGAACGCUGGCUGCAACCUGGAGCUCUCCUAUGGCCUGAGGAACAACGUCUUCAUGCACAUCCCUCAGGCUCUGGCCAUGGGCAACAUCACGCUGCAGACGCUGCGUGACCGAGUCCGGCCCCUCUUCUACACACGGAUGCGGCUGGGGGAGUUUGACCCCCCAGCCAUGAACCCCUACAGCUCCCUGGACCUGAGUGUGGUGCAGAGCCCCGAGCACCGCAACCUCUCACUGGAAGCUGCUGUCAAGAGCUUUGUGCUGCUGAAGAAUGUGCGGGGGACGCUGCCCCUGCGGGCCCAGGACCUGUCCGGCCAGCACCUCGCGGUGGUGGGUCCCUUUGCUGACAAUCCCCGGGUACUGUUUGGGGACUACGCACCAGUGCCAGAGCCUCAGUACAUCUACACUCCCCGGAGGGGGCUGGAGAUGCUGGGGGCCAACGUCAGCUUCACAGCAGGCUGCAGCGAGCCACGGUGCCAGCAAUACUCACGGGCAGAGCUGGUGAGGGUGGUGGGGGCAGCUGACGUGGUGCUGGUCUGCCUGGGGACAGGGGUAGAUGUGGAGACAGAGGCAAAAGACCGAAGUGACCUGUCCCUCCCGGGGCACCAGCUGGAGCUGCUGCAGGAUGCUGUGCAGGCAGCCGCUGGACGCCCCGUGAUCCUGCUGCUGUUCAACGCGGGGCCCCUGGACGUGAGCUGGGCACAGGCACAUGACGGCGUGGGGGCCAUCCUGGCCUGCUUCUUCCCUGCCCAGGCCACCGGCUUGGCCAUUGCCAGGGUCCUGCUGGGCAAGGCAGGGGCCAGCCCGGCUGGCCGGCUGCCGGCCACUUGGCCUGCAGGCAUGCACCAGGUGCCACCGAUGGAGAACUACACCAUGGAGGGACGGACAUACCGCUACUAUGGGCAGGAGGCCCCGCUCUACCCUUUUGGGUACGGGCUGUCCUACACCACCUUCCACUAUCGGGACCUGGUGCUGAGUCCCCCAGUGCUGCCCGUCUGUGCCAACCUCUCUGUAUCUGUGGUGCUGGAGAACACGGGGCUGCGGGACAGCGAGGAGGUGGUGCAGCUGUACCUGCGCUGGGAGCAGUCCUCCGUGCCAGUGCCCCGCUGGCAGCUGGUGGCUUUCCGCCGUGUGGCCGUGCUGGCCGGCCAGGAGGCCAAGCUGUCCUUCCAGGUGCUGGCCGAGCAGCGCGCGGUCUGGGCGCAGGACUGGCGCCUGGAGCCCGGCACAUUCACCCUCUUUGCUGGUGGGCAGCAGCCAGGACAGAAGACACGGGCGCCCUCGGAGGUGCUGAGCGCGCGGUUCAGUGUCACCGGCACGGCUCGGCCCUUACGAGGGUGUUAGCGGCCGUGGUGGCCUCAGGGUGCUGGCAGGGGGAAGGGAUGUGAGCUACCCUGUGUGCCGUGGGCAGUGUGGUGGUUCUCUGCCCUUGCAAUAAAGUGCUGGUGCUCCGUG